AUGACACCAACGAAACGUCGACGUAAUCAUGCAAGUACGAAAAAGAACGGCUUAAAUACGACGUCCAAGGCCAUUGAAUCACUGGAUCAGAAUGGUUCUUCUUCUACUAUCAAAGACACCACGACACGAGCGCUUUCCAAGACAUUGCAACGUAUUCAAAUGGAAUAUGAACCUCUUGUAAAGGAUCUCGAGGGUCGAUUUCGUUUUAUUCGUGCUUUAUUAAGUGAAUUCUGGCUCGAGAUGCAGCGGGAUCCACGGGAUGAGACGCAAUUGACCAUUGAGAAUGAUGCACAGUGGUUUUGGUUCAUGGAAAUGCAAUUUAUGGUCAUUUUUCUCUAUGAAGUGUCCUUUAUGGAGUUUUCCAUGAGUGUCACGAAGCCAGAUUCGAUCACAAUGGAUGAGACAGUUGAGAAGAGGACACUGUCCCAUCGUCAAGACAUGGAAGAACGUGUGGAUUUCUUGGCUCGAUUCAAAAACUAUCUCGAUGAUUUGGCGAAAUGUCGCUUGGAAGCAACAAAGACAGCAGGUAAAAGACUACCGAGAGUCUUUCGACUUGCAGAGAUAUAUAAACUCUCGACUGAAGAAACAAUGCUUCUACAGCUGCUUGUAGUCAUGCAAGGCUGUCAGAGUAAUGCUGUACGGUGUCAAAUUCUCGAUGAGGAUAUGCAACGAAGAGGUCUGACAUGUCAGAGACUCUCGGGACUUUCAGAAGUAGAUGUCGCGGAAUUCCGUGAUGAUGAGCGUGAACAUGUUAAAGAAGGCACACUCAUUGUGGACGUUGAGUCGUACACGACUACGCUGACCUUGUCGAAUAUAUGCGUGCGUGUACUACUAGGACGACAUUUGACUAGUAAUCAGGCACUGAAAGUAAGUCAGACGGCGCUGGAGGAACUGCUCAAGAGAGAGGGUAUGUCUUUUGGUGAGAUACUGGACACGACAACUACUCCGACGUCGGCAUCGACGGAUUCGAAUCUUAGCGGACACAAGCGCGAUCGCAGCGGCGAGAAAGUGGAUGGAGAGCAUGAAGAAAAAAAGACGGCCAAACACCACGAUACAAGUGACAGCGACGUGGGAGACAAUGACGAAUGCGAGGAUUCCAGUACAUCUGCGUUUUCAUUUAUUGGUAAGUACAAGCAUACUAGUAAGCGCGCGGGGCGUCAGGCGAAUGCCGAUAACAACUUGCUAUUGAAGUCGGCCGAGGCCGUCAGUGACAAACACAAUUUGUUCUCUUCCCUUAUGGAUUCGAGCGAAUUGAAGCCGUACAGCCCGGACAAUCAGCUUGAAUAUCUAGAGGACCGAUUCCAGGUUGUGGCAUUUGCAAUUCGCGCGUCUGGUGCCCGCGUGAAGGAUCAGAUGAAGGAAGCAGGUACGAAGCAGCCGUGGGAAACGUCAGCACCAGCAUCUGCCGGGCGACGAGAACUAAAGGCUAAGCAGCGGGUAUACAGUCGCCGCACUCAGCACCGAUUGGCACUCACACGGCAAGCUGGUCAUACGUUGCCGCGCCUAGAGGAGCUUGCUGCUAAGUUUAAGCUGAACCGAUUUGAGCAAAAUGUGAUUGUAAUGCUUAUUGGCAAGACCAUUUCGCCGGUGAUCAAGAACUUGAUUGACGGUGUGGAUACGUCUCCAGUGCAGCGCAUGGACGAAAGUGUGAUUAUCAACCAGAUUUUAUCGAUCUUUUGCGAUACCUUUCAGGAGCAAGUAGCGCACCGUGUCUUUUUUUACAAGUCUUCCCGUCUACUUACUCGCGGUCUUGUUAAGCUACACCGGGGCCGUUGGCAUUCGACAGCAGGAGACCUUGUUGAUCAGCGCGUUGAACUAGACCGCCGUGUAUUGGAUUGGGUGGUUGGUCUAGACACAGAGAUGAAUGAGUUAGUGGAAGGCUCGGAUUUGUACACUCCUAAGGUACAGCUGGACCAGGUUGUGCUGCCUGAAGAGCACAAGAGCACUAUAUUAGAGACCGUGGAGAGUUACGAAAGUUUCCGGCAAUACCGCAAGAAAAGUGGAUUAGAGCAAGCAGGGAUGGCAUAUGGUGCUGGUCUGGUGUUAUUGCUCUGUGGCGCUAGUGGUACCGGUAAGACCAUGACAGUAAACGCUGUCGCGCAUCACCUUAAGAAGCGUGUACUUUUGGUGGACUUUCCGUCUCUGCAUGGAAAGCGCCAGGAAGGCGCAGAGCCAGAUGCGGACUUGCGUGGUCUUUUUCGUGAAGCCGACAUGAGCAAUGCUGUGCUUUUCUUUGACGAGUGCGAGAACAUCUUUCGUCAACGUGACGGUGGAGGGGAUAGAUUGCUGAAUGCUCUUCUUACUGAGAUUGAGCGUUAUGAAGGCAUCGUGUUUCUUGCGACCAAUCGCCCGUUCGAUCUCGAUGAGGCCAUGCAUCGUCGUAUCACUGCUGUGUUUGAGUUUAAGGCACCGGACCAUAUUCAGCGGCGAAAGAUAUGGGAUGUGCUUAUGGUACGUGGGGCUAUGCAAGCUGAGCCUAGUAUUGACUGGGACACUAUCGCUCUGAAGUAUGAGCUUAGUGGCGGCUUCAUUAAGAAUGCCAUCCUGUCUGCCCUCCUCAAGGCCAUUUCACGAAAUGGUGAAUCACCUGUGAUCUCGCAAGCUGACAUUGUGGAGGGCUGUGCGCUGCAAAUGCGCGGUAGCCUGCAUAUGAAGACGUUUGAUCACCGUGUUGUGCCCACGAGCGGAUUGGAUGAGCUUAUUGUUGAGGAAUCAGUAAAGGAAAAACUGCGCCAAGUUGUACAGUUUGAGAAAGCACGCAGUGUCAUUUACGGGCAGUGGGGGUUCGACUUUGGUCAGUCUAACAAGCAGCAGAAAGGUGUAAGUGUGCUGAUCUGUGGUCCGGCAGGUAUUGGCAAGCUCAAUGCUGCCAAGAGUAUUGGUUUUGAGAUUGGCAGGCCGCUGAAGGUAGUCAACUUUGGUCAGCUGGCAGCCGACUCGGCCGCUGAGACUCGCAAGGCACUGCGGGCCGUGUUUGACGAUGCCCGUCUAAUGGAUGCCGUUCUGGUGCUUACUGGUUUUGAGUCCUUUGGCAGCCACAUUGAAGGAGGCGUCAUCCCUAUCGAUAACCUGGAGUCGUCGCCUCGCUUUCGCAUGGAGGUCAUGCGACUUCUUGAGUUGAUGAACACAUUCCCAAGCACCACCAUUUUGCUGGCAAAUGUGGACAGAUCUACGUCCUCGUCACUGGUACAGUCGGAGUUCUGCCGUCGUCUCAAGUUUGUCGUGGAGAUGCGUAAUCCGAACGCGAAGCUUCGUGAGAAGUUAUGGCGUGCAUGUUUUCCUCCCAAGGCACCACUGGAGACUAAAAAGCCCAUUGAUUUCCAGCGUCUAGCCGAACGCUACGAUCUGAGCAGUACGGCAAUUAGUGACGCCGUGUUCCGUGCUGCUGCCAGUGCAGCUUUACGCGAAGAGACCAGACGCGUGAUUACAAUGAAGGACCUUACUAGUGCCGCUGAAAUUGAGCGACAAAAGGCGCGUGGCGGCGCUGCGGCCAUGGAUAACCUCUUUGUCUAA